AAGUUCUAUGUAGGCUCCAAUCCCGAGCUCCCGUACCCUGCCGCCAACAGAGUCAAACACAUACGACGCGAGAUGACGCGACGUCGAAACCGAAGAGCGUCGCCCGCAACGGAGGAAUUCACGAUAUAUGAUUUCUUCGCGCCAUACCCCGAAUUUGACUAUGACGCGUCUAAACCCGUCAUGCCCGAAUUCGAGAGGUUGUGCGCAGUUCGUAGCUGGGGUCCUAAGAAACGUCGAAAAGUAUACCAUCGACUGCAGGACGGCUUGAGCUUGUGUGAGGAGGUCAGGAUCAGUCCCAUCCCAUCGAGCAUCAAACAGUGUCGAAAGGCACUCGCCCGCGUCCACGUCAAUCUCUAUGACCUCAUCGAUGCUCGAAGACUCGGCAAGAGGGUCAAAGUCUUUCGGUCUCUUCCCGAGAUGCGGAACUAUACCUUACAGACGGGGAGGAUCUUCCCCAAAGACAGAGCGAAAGCAGGAGGCGUUUUGCGGGCUUUGCUCAGAGAGAUCUUCUGAGACACGGAAAUAGUAUGCAUUGCAGGUGGGCUCCCAAUUGGAUGAUCUGACGUAUGCGCAUCUAUACAUCUGUUGGCAGUGUGAUAUAUAGUGUAGUAAAUAUCUGGUAUGUCC